UCGUUCAGGAUUCUGUUUAAUAAUUACAUUUACUAAAAUAUGCAGGAACUUGUUUAUAAAAUGAGAUGAUAGAAACAUUAUUAAAAUUUUGGAGGUUUAUAUUUGUGAAAGAAUUUUAAAUGCUCUGUGGAAGUGCGUGCCUUAAUUCAGCUAUGUGAUAACAACUUUUAACAUCAAAUGAAACUUAUUUAUGUUUAAUAUUAUGAAAAGCCAAAAAAUGAAUGAAGUGUCAAAAUAAUUUUCGCUUUUUCCCUCGCUUUAGUACCAGCGUUUGUUAACCAGAUUAAGUAGCUCAGCUGUUUCGCUGGAAUUUCUUUGGGCUUACAAGACUUUAUAAAUAAGGAUGGUCGAUCGACAAAGUCAGUGGAACCUGAGAGCAGACUUCCUAUGUAAUGACAGGUUGAGGAGUCUGCAACGACAGCGCUAGCUAGUGCUCGCAAAACUGUUAGAAAGAUUUUCAAGGUGAUAUCUCAUCUGAUUUAAUUUAACUUUGAAAAAUGUAUUUGGUGAAUAACACUACUCAGAGCCAGUGCACAGACGUUUUCUCCAAUGAAGCCGUGAACACAGUUUUCGUUGUGAUUUACAUACUGAUUGGAGUUUGCGGCUUGUUUGGGAACAUUUUGGUUAUUUACGUUAUCCUGAAUUCGCCGAAGAUGAAAACGGUAACCAAUUUAUACAUUUUUAACUUGGCUCUCUCAGAUUUGAUAUUUUUACUGCAUAUUGCCAUGAUCACAACUACUACUAUUGUCAAGCACUGGGUUUUUGGAGAAGCUGUGUGUAAGAUAUUCUUUAUGACGGCAUCUGUCACGACGUUUUCCAGCGUUUUAACGUUAACAAGUCUAAGCGUGGAUCGCUAUAUAGCCGUUUGUAAGCCUGUUAUAUCUCAGAAACAUCGACAACGACUGAAAGCUAUCUUGGUCAUCGUGUUUAUAUGGCUUCUGUCAUUAUUACUCUCAAUGCCUAUAAUUUUAUAUUCAAAAAGAACGAUACAUCCUUAUUUGGAAGGAAAAUAUUCAUGCCAAGUAGAUUGGCCUGAUGUAAAGGUCGUUCCUGCGUAUAUCAUAUACACAUUCAUUCUGGGAUUUGGAAUUCCUCUUUGUUUCAUUUCAACAUUUUACACCUGUGUAAUUAUUCAUAUGAAGAGUUCUGGACCAGUCAACAGACAAAGAUCAACAGAACAACGCAAAAAUCACAGGAAAGUCACGUACCUUGUUUUUGCCAUUAUUUUGACGUACGUCAUUUGUUGGCUCCCAUAUUGGGUACUACAAAUCGUUCUUGUAGUGUUGAGUCUGUACAACAGAGCGAUAGAUACAAUAGCAGUAGCGUUACAUAUAUGUACAGUUUUAACCUUUGCUAACAGUAUGAUCAAUCCAAUUUUGUAUGCUUUCAUCAGUGAAAACUUUAGACAGAGAUUCAAGGAAGUUUUCACGUGUCGGUGCAUUUUUAAAGAACGGAUUCGCUACAUCUUAACUCAAGGUUAUACCAACACAACUCAGCAAGAUGAACAUGAAUUGGUGCGGAGACACGUGAGUAAUCCAACCGAGACCGAGACAGCUCCGGAUCAACAGGACAGUCUGGACAGGAAGGACAAUGGAGGGGUGUACACGGGGCUAUGAAAUGAACAGUCUGAUUUAUCAGCCUAUUAUAUCGCAUCUGAGAGUCGUAUACUGGUGCAUAAUGUGCUGAUUCGUCUCUCGCGGUUUACUUGAACUGAAACAGUUCUUAAUCAGACUAAAUCAAAACCGAAGAUACCAAACUAUGGUAAUUCUUGAUAAGUAUUUACCUUCUGUUUGGAAAAAAAUAAUGAAUUUGCAAAGAUCGUCUUAUUAAUAUAUAUAGGAAUAAAGAAUUUGGCAGUCUUAAAAAGGAAUUUAAAGCGAUGCCUAUUUCUUGAGAUUAAUUUGAUAUAAAAUGUAAGCACUUAAUCAUUUUUAUUUUU